CCUUGCCAACGGCUCCAACUCGUGGUGGUUGGUGCCCGUGAUGAUGCUCGGCGCAUGCGCAGGCCUCGUCUUGCUCGCUGUCGCCGCUCUGGGCACCACGUACACCUACCGCUCCGUGAUCGCUCGCAUCGCUGCGGCGGAAAAAGCAGCGAGCCAACAUAUCGCGGACCUCGGCAACCGGACCGUACUCUUGACGGAAGAUGACGGCCAAGCCGUCGCCCUCCUGUCAGGCGUUCCCGAGUACAGCGACGACCGAGACGACGUGGCCGACGACGGCGUCAACGGACCGAGACCCCGGCUCUGGUGCUUCCUGCGGCGACUGGACCCGCCGCUAGCUUCGGCUUCGUCCACCGGGGGGCGCCAGGCCACCGCCAGGACGCGGUCGAGCGCCGCCCCCAGGGGUCUGUGUUCGGCGCUCGUCUACCAGGGGGUCCGGGUCGUCUGGAGGGACGCCGAGGCCAGCAUCGACGUCGCACAACCCUCCAACGAGGACGACCUCCGGAGACUGGCGGCCCGGCGGGACGUCGACCCUCUGCUCGAAGUCUACGUUCACGUGGCCAGCGACCAGCAACCAGUGUCCGACUCGGCAUCUUCCGUCACCGCGGCGGCAGGCGCAGGCUCUCCACCGUCGCCCUCGCCCGCUCCUACGUCACAAGCGGGUUCCGCGCCUCCCCGGUCGGCCGCUGCGACCAAGGAGGCGCUGCGAUCGCUCCUGCGCUCCCCGCAGGGCACCACCGAGGUGUUCGCCAUGCGCACCGCCCGCUGGCUGGUCGUGCACCACCUGGACGGUUUGGUCGUCGAGCUUGGCAGCGCCGUCAGCGGCGUUGCCACCGAACUCAUCACGCGCCUCGCAGAGAUGUGCCAGCGGCAGCUCGGGCGCAUGGGCAAGUCGUUCACGCUGGUACUGCCGGAGUCGACGACACUUUUCGCUCAGUACGACCUCAAUGCCCUGCUCACCACGAGGGGCUUGUACCCGAUCCAGCGAACACACCUGACCAGCGACCUCAGGCACGCCAGCUGCCCAGCGCCCUUCAAGGGGGCGUACUUUGGAAUCGAGCACAUCCUCAACCGAACCCGGUUGGCGCUGGGCAGGGGCCACCGACGCCAGGGCCUGUCACGCAUCUUCUUCAGCGUCAGCCUGCUCGGGGCCCACUUCCUGCUGGACAGGGAGCCCGCGCUCAACGAGAGCGUCGCCUUCGCGCGGGCCAAGUUCCAGGGAUUCAUGCCCUACUCUCAGGUAUGCCAGCUGCUGAUGUCGGGCGGGUGGAACGCGCGCGCCAACGUGGAGACCGACUGUACCGAGGCCACCCGAGGACCACAGUGGGUGUCCGCCUUCGCGCCUUUCUCCGGAAACUGGAUCCUCGGCCUCAAAGGCGCGAUUCGCGGGCUCGCGGUCUUCGACGUCGACGGAGACGACCGGGACGGAUACUGCGGUGAAAAGCACGUCCUGCUCAAGAGGCUCAAGGACCUGCUGUCCUGAAGGCGCCCGCGGUUUGACGUCGUCCUGCUCCGCGAAGACGUCGUCGUCGUUUAAAUUAUGCAGGACACGACGGCAGCGACCGCACUGUGCCUCGGGCAGCCUCCGAGUUUUGCCACGAAUGCAAACCGCCUGCUGUAUUCGUCACGUAUCAGCUGCCUUUCACUUACACAGUUCAUUUUUUAUUAUUAUUUUUCCGUUCCACAUGCGUUACACUUUGACAAUGUUGUGGCACAUUGCUUGCUGCGGACCGAGUCGUUCGUUGCGAGGAUGAUAUAUGGCUUUGCCGUGACGUACGUGUAGCUCAAGAUGAGUGUGCAAUUGUUUCAAAUAAAGGUGCGUCAAUCUCA